AUGUCGACGAUACAGCAGCUUAAGAACUUUAUCCGACACGGAAAGCAGGCCCGAGUCAGCAACAACGAUGAGCAGUCACCUAAGCAGCAACAUUCGCCCCCUCAGAAAGCCCACGUUGGCGUUUCCGAGCCAGCCUACCCCGUUGCCAACCCCGUCCAGGCAAUUCCCGAGGCAUACUCGGUCGCCGGCGAUGCCCAAGCCCGCGCUGCUCAGGCCGGCAACGUCGCCGCCCAUGCCGCCGAGCCGAACCAGCAUAAGACAUCCAAGGCUGGCAAGAAUAUCGACAGCACGCACAUUGCGAAGCUGAUUGCCGAGGAGAACGAGAGCAAGAGCAAAUUCCCGAGAUACCCUGGCUUGGAGAGAUGGGACUUGCUUGAGAAGAUGGGCGACGGUGCCUUCAGCAACGUCUACCGCGCGCGUGAUACCACUGGCGAAUAUCCCGGCGAGUGUGCCAUCAAGGUCGUCCGGAAAUAUGAAAUGAACAGUAUGCAGGGAAACAAGCAUUUACACCCGGACUUCAAGAAGGUCCCCAAGGCUGCAGAGAGAGCCAACAUCUUGAAAGAGGUGCAGAUCAUGAGACAGCUUGACCACCCUAAUAUCAUCAAGCUCAUCGACUUUUCCGAGUCGCGGCAAUACUACUACAUCAUUCUCGAACUGGCCCCCGGUGGCGAGCUGUUCCACCAAAUCGUCCGUCUCACCUACUUCAGCGAGGAGCUUUCAAGACAUGUCAUCGUGCAGGUUGCCCAGGCUCUGGAGUACCUACACGAGGAGAGAGGUGUUGUUCAUCGUGACAUCAAGCCGGAAAACAUCCUUUUCAGCCCGAUCCCCAUCGUCCCGUCCAAAAACCCCAAACCCAGACAGCCCGGUGAUGAAGAUAAGGUCGACGAGGGCGAGUUUAUUCCUGGCGUUGGAGCAGGCGGCAUCGGUCAGAUCAAGAUUGCCGACUUCGGACUCUCCAAGAUCGUUUGGGACAACCAGACCAUGACGCCAUGCGGCACGGUCGGAUAUACAGCUCCUGAGAUUGUCAAAGACGAACGAUACUCCAAGUCGGUUGACAUGUGGGCCCUGGGAUGUGUUCUCUACACACUUCUUUGCGGUUUCCCCCCCUUCUACGACGAGAGCAUCGAGGUUCUGACGGAGAAAGUCGCCAAGGGACAAUACACGUUCCUUUCCCCUUGGUGGGACGACAUCUCCAAGUCGGCUCAGGACCUCAUCUCCCACCUCUUGACUGUGGAUCCCGACAAACGAUACACCAUUACCGAGUUCCUGGCCCACCCGUGGGUCAAGGGAUCCGGCCCCACGCCCCGCGACGAGAAGAAGACGCAGCCGGAUAUGCUCCGCGCAUUCGAUGCUUCGAGAAUCGUGGACGGCGACCGCCGCCACGACUUCCGCUCACCUGGUGCGGUUAACCUGCGUGAGGUGUUCGACGUCGGCUACGCCGUACACAGACAAGAAGAGGAGGCCAAGCGUCGGAAGCAGGUCGGUACCAAAGGCGGCGUUCCUGCUCGUUUCUUGAACAACCUCAACGAGGAAUCGGAUGAAGAGGAAAUGGCCGAGAACAAGGAGGCCGAGUAUGUCCACAAACCGACGCAAAACACGCAGGCGCUCGAGCAAAGCAUGCGCAAUGCUCAAAUCAAAGAUCAGCAAGAACAACAACGUGGUCGCGAGCGCGAGCGACAAGCGGCCCCGGGCGAAAAGGGCUACGGCCAGCACUCGGCAGCUGUUACCGCUGCCGCUCGUCAGCAAGUUAGGGACCGCAACAGGCAGAAGGGUGCUUUCGAGCUCAGCCUUGAUGGCGCCACGCUGCUGGGAAGGCGGAACAAACAACCUCUCGCAGCCCGGGCCGGUGGGGCGUAG